AUGUUCUAUUCUAUUUUAGAGUGUUACCAUUACACGUUCCUUAACGAGUCCAGCAGAGCAAACUCCUUUUACAAAAUCAGUAUUGACUUCCUUUGUGAUGAUGAUUUUAACGGAUGGUAUCGCUUUGGGGGAGAUGCUGGAAAGCAAAUGGCGGAUUCAUGUGUUCCGGAGUUUCGAUGUGGCGCAGAACUGCCGGGUUGGCUGAAUGGCAGUCAUCCUGAAAUAGCUGAGGGUGCUGUUCGACGCAAAGUUUGUUUCCGUUACAAAAACAAUUGUUGUGAAUACUCAACAAGCAUCACAGUUCGUAACUGUGGAGGAUUCGACGUCUACCACCUUGGGAAGCCCCCAAUUUGCAACUUUCGUUACUGCGGCAACGGA